AUGAUUUUAAUUCCAAGAUUAAAAAAAUCCGUUGGUUGUCAGUGAAGAACCUCGGGAAAUCUAACUCCAAAUCGCGCAUUGUCGAUCAGAAUGAUCCCACCGUCGCCUCCUCUGCCGUGAUCCACUCCAGCAGUGUCGCCGCUGAACCUCACUCCCGAAGACAAUCCGUUUCGCCACGUUCAACGUCGUGUUCUUCACCACUGCGUCGGCAGUCCUUCACAGAGGAAAAUUGUCGAACACCUUGUGGGCGGAGCUCGUACAUUUCCAGCAAGGGUCCAAAUUCACCAACAACCGCCCCAAAAGCAUCCUCACGCACUUAUCGCGCCACCCAGCUGCAAACCCCCAUCAAACUCGCACCAUGCAGCAGAAAUUCACAAG